AUGGCCUUUGACACCCAAUUACGUUAUAUGACUGAGAUUAUUAAGCAAAUCCCCACCUCAGGGAGCCAGAGGAAAAUGCAGGAAGAAAUGCCCCUGUGUGGGAAGCACCAUGAGGUUCUGACCCUGUUCUGUGAGAAAAGCCUGGAGCUGCUGUGUCACCAGUGCAAGGGCUCCUUAGACCCCCAGGAUCAGCCCCUGAUCCCCAUUGAGGAAGCUGUAGCUAGUCAGAGAGGGAUGCUCAAAAGGUACAUUGGGGUCCUCACUAAGAGCCUUGAAAGUGAUGAAACUGUAUAUAAAAAGCAAGAUGCAAAUAUUUGUGAAGUAAAGAGAAAGAUGGAAAAAUGGAGGGAGGAAUUGGACUAUGAAUGUAAAGAACUUAAGUUUUUAUUGGAAAUAGAGCACGAUGAAAUUGAUAACGAUCUGCUUAUAGCAGAGAAUGAUGGUGAAGAAAAACUAAUUGAAAACGGAAGGCAAAUUUCAUACCAUAUGUUCAGGCUAAACAUUCUGUUAUUUGAAAUAGAAGAGAAGUGUUUACAGACAGACCUGGAUUUACUCACAGGCAUUGAAAGCAUCCACAACAGCUAUGGAAACAUAGAGUCCCCAGCCAUCUUUCCAUAUAAAUUAAAGAAAGAGAUUUUCACUCUCCCCCCACAUUAUUUGGGCCUGCAUAAAAUGAUCCGCACGUUUCAGGCAGAUUUGACACUGGAUCCGGAAACUGCCCAUCCAGACCUCCUUAUCUCAAUAAGUGGAAAACAGGCAACAUACUGGAAACCAGAUUACAUUCUUAAUCCCCAGGCACUUACCUCUUACCCAGCUGUCCUGAGUUCUGAGGGAUUUGAUGCUGGCAGGCAUUUUUGGGUGGUAACCAUAGGAGUCACAGGUGAAUUUUCCUUAGGUGUGUGUAAAGAAUCCUUCCCCAUAAAUACUCUCAUAUCACCAUCGCCAAGCAAUGGCUGCUGGACUCAUACAUUUGGCCCUUUCUCUAUUCCAAAAGAAAUGAUUGGUGUUUUUCUGGACUAUGAGUUGGGAGAGGUUUCAUUUUUUAUAAUUUAG